CGCUGCUGGGAGGACUUGACGACCGGCGCUCGUCGCUGGUUCGUGGCUUGAGCGUGCUGUGGGACCAGCAUGCUGGCUGGCGCACUACUGUCUGAGGGGUUCGACGUGGCAGAUGCCACGUGUCAUCUUCGUGGCUGCUGCCACGUAGGACUGCUGCUGAGGUGGAAGGCGCUGGGCUCCUGUAUUGCUGUUCUGCUUGACAAGUACUCGGAAGAAGGAUUCAGGACUGUGGUUGGGGUCGUGAUACGAGCAGGGCAGCUGGGGUGUGCUGUACAGGAUGACAAUUCCCAUGAAUCUCGCAUGCAUGAAGAAGAGCCAGGCACCACAGAUGGGAACCAGUCAAGUGGAAAGAGACAAAUCUUUCACGAGGAAAAGCCCAAAGAGGAGAAGGUGGAUGACACUCGAGUACAGGAAGUUCGUAGGGUCCUUCAGAACAGUCCAAACAAUUCGUACACGUCUGACUCAAAAGUGGCCCCAACCCCUCCCAGUCCUCCCAGAUCGUCAGAGCCCCCAACCCCUCCCAGUCCUCCCAGAUCGUCAGAGCCCCCAACCCCUCCCAGUUCACAGCCCCCUAAACGUCCGGGUCCAGCGCCGAAAUCGCAGCCAUCACAGUCAGUUCAAAAUUUCACUCAACCAGAUCAGGGGCCUGCAACUCGCUCCGGCAGUCCCAACGGUCCAUCUUUGAUAUUUGAUUCCAGCUGCACUGCGCCAGAUCUUGAUGCGCCAAUCAGUGAGGACUGUACCAUACGGGAGGGCAAUAAGGUGGUUGAUUAUCUCAACACGAUCCGAGCACAAAACGGUCUCCCUCCCUUCAAGACAUCARUUCAGCUCCAGAGCGCUGUACGUCUUCAGCUGCUCACACUUGUUGGAUGCGAUGUAUGCAACCAGGAGGUUGCUCAGUGCAUUGGCAAUUGCAAUUCUUCUCAGCCAGCAUGCCGUGGUGAGUGCGAGGCGGAGUAUGAGCAGUGCAAGCAGACUGAGUGUUCCCCUCUGUUCUUCCUCGACUGCUGUUCUUGCUCUGCUCCUGCCGAAUCGUUUGCCGGCAGGCAUUUGCAGGACGACCCCAAAAAAUACUGCAGCCGUGUCGACUCCCACCUUUCCUCGAACAACGCCGGUCAGACUGCAAAGGACAUCAACAGUAAGAAUAAAGCUCCGGCAGAUAAGAAUUACAACUGUGUAGCAUGUGGCACUGCUAAGCAAGAAAAAGUUGGAGGCUAUGACUUCGUUACGCUCUGCAAAUUUUGCCGAAAGUGUCCCGGUGCAAAACGCCCCACCAAGUCCUAGCUCCCAUCCGAUAUCUUGGCCCGAGGCUCGGUUCUGCUUUCACAGAAACGAGUAGUCAACGUGUCUCACACCUACCAAUAUUAGGGUUGGAGAAUGAAAUUUCCAUUAAUUU